AUGCGUCGCAGUCGACUCACCAGGAGUGCGGCGGCGUUCUACGAGUUUGUCGAUAAUAAUUUUCUCAACAACAAACGGCCGCCGAUACCGGGUGGGGCGUGGCCACUUGAGAGCCUCCGCGGGAAGAGCCUCGCCGACCUCCAGCAGAUCUGGUUUCUCCUCGUUAAGGAGCGCAACAUGCUGCAGUCUACAAAGGAGCACUACCUACGGCAUCAGGAAGAGCUCGGCGCGAUGCCAGCGCCAUCGCGGCUCAAAAUGGUGCAGGAGUCGAUGCGCAACAUCAAGCGUGUCGUGAAGGAGCGUGACGUGGAGGCCACGGCGCGGGCUGUCAAGAUCUUUCGCGAGCGGUUGGAACGCGGUGUCUACCGUUACCCGCCAGGGCCGCCACCACCGCCCGGCGCGCACGACUCAACCGUUGUUGUUAAGGUGAUGCUCAGCCGCCGUGUUGAGCCGGACCGCUUGCGUGAAUUGUUCGGCCGAUACGAUGUGUUUGAGCCGCAUAAGGGGAUAGUGCGAGUGGAGUUGAAGCUGCCGGACGAGGUGCUGCAGCGGAAGGAGGAGGCCGAGAAGCUGUGGACGCAGUACAUGGCGGAAAAGAGCGACGUGAAGGGAUACCAUCAGUGGGCAGCGAGGUCUAGCGUGUACGACUAUGCCAAUGUGGAACUGGCACCUGGCGUGUUCGCCAACGACGCCAUUGUUGAGAAGGCUGGAAGGGACAAUGACAAUAGCAUGAGCACCAGCGGCACUGGCAGUAGUAGUAGUAGUAGUAAUAAUAAUAAUAACGAUGAUGAUAGUGGUGGCACUAGCAAUGAUAGUAGGAAGGGACGAGAUGAUGGAGUGAUCGUGGCAGCCUGCGUGCCGGUUCCACCGAGCAAACAGAAGCCGCUUCCGCCGAAAAAUCCCCUCGAGCGGCUCAAGGUGGAGCGUGGCUCAUACCUCGCGCGCACCGUCGUCCAGCUUGGCUAUUUCCCGAACGUCACUCUGCAGCCACCACGCUACGCAAGUGCCGAGGAUGUGCCACGGCCAACGCACCCGGACGAGAUCGAAGGCCCAUGGGAAGCAUACAUCACAUACGACCGCAAAGACGGCCUCGCAUACGCACAAUCACUCGACAUCACCGCCAUUGAUGGAGCAAAGGUGCUUGGUCUUGCUGAGCACCUGCGCGAGCCGCAGCCGUACGCAAAAGUGGAUCCUGUCUACCUCGAGGCGCUGCGGCGCGAGGCGGCGCGGGAGGAAACGCUCAUGAAGUGGCCACACGUCCCUGAGUGGAAGUACGAAUAUAGCACCUACACGCGGAAGCAUCUGGCAGAAAUUGUGCGGUAUAAUUAUAGCAACGUUGUUGAUUACGUGGACCGCGAGGUCCUCCUCACGGGUCGGUCUGUGUGGGAGUGUCCUAUCGAUAUUGAUCACAGCUGCGGUGGCGCGAAGUCGAUACCGCCGCAUGCAAGGAAGCCGGCACGGUACAUGGAUGCGGGCAUCGCCGAGGUUGGCGUCACAGAUAUCUAA